AUUUCGAUGAAGCUAGAUUAUUGAACACAGUCUUUUACAUCUGUUACGUGCACACGCCUGUGGUCCUUUCGCAUCGUGCUUUGUAAAGGAAGGAAGGAAGGCGAGCACAGAGCGGCAAAACUUACGCCUCGCGAGCAACCAUCGACCAUGAUCUGGGCCACGGUACUGAGCCUCGUCUUGGGCUUGGCCCGAGCACUGACCGGCAACUACAACUACGAGGACUGCGGUAGUGCGGCCAGGAUUCUGUCGAUGAACGUUGAGCCGUGUGACACGCAACCUUGCGUGUUCCUGCGAGGUAAAGAUACGAAGAUUCAUUUCUCCAUAAUUGCAGAUCAAGACAGCGAGUGGCUGCGGCUGGAACCCACCAUGAGGAUAUUCGGCGUAACGUUGCCCGUGCCGGGCAUGGAACGCGAUAUGUGCAAGGAGGUCUACCACUGUCCCAUGGUCAAGGGAGGCAAGUACAACGGCACCAUGACUGUGCACGUGCCUUUCUACGCGCCACCGUUCGAAGUGAAGGUUCAACUGAAGAUGAUUGGCGAAAAGGGGGUCAGUAUUUGCACCAGUGCCGCCACGAUGUUCCAAUAAAAGAUUUAUUCUUGGGUUCAGCAUCGAAGGAAACCCGGUGGACUUCUGAAGCGGAAUAAAUCAAGAAAAAAAAAAAGGCCGCAUAAUUACCGCCGAUUUAUUGUUGCGCUCAAAUAAAAUUUCCGUUUCAACCGCAUGCGUCGACGCAGACCAUU